CCCGCCUCGCGGAGCCGCAGGCAGAGCCGCGCGCGUCCCGAGCGGCCGCAGAGGUGGGCGCAGGCCCGGGGUCGCCUCCGCACCCGGGUGUGGCUCGGGUCGGGCUCGAGCGGCCGGGAGCGUCGCGCAGAACGGUGUCCGGAGGCGGCCGCGCAGAACUGACAGAACCCCGCUUUUCCUGGCACGCGAGGAACGAGAGUUCAUGUGUGUGUCCGAUGGUCGCUUGCACAGCGGCGGCCGGGGGAGUGGGGAAAAACGCAGCUCUGCGGCACUGAGUGAGCGGACGCUGUCGUGUGUCCCCAGGCGUGGUCAGCAUGGGCCCCGUGGGCAAGCAGAGCCCCUCAGCCCCACCGGGCCCCACGGGAGGGUCUUGCCUCCUCCUCCUCUUCUGCCUGCGCUUGGGCGCUUCCUGCCCACAGGGCUGCCAGUGCCCUGACCACGCUGGGGCCGUGGCCGUCCACUGCAGCGCGAGGGGCCUGCAGGAGAUCCCCAAGGACAUCCCUGCCGACGCCGUGCUCCUGAAGCUUGAUGCCAACAAGAUCGCCCACAUCCCCAACGGGGCCUUCCAGCACCUGAACCAGCUGAGAGAGCUGGACUUGUCCCAGAACACCAUCGAGACCAUCGGCCCCGCUGCCUUCUCGGGCCUGGCCGGGGGCCUGCGGCUGCUGGACCUGUCUCAUAACCGCAUCCGCAGGAUUCCCAAGGAUGCCCUGGGCAAGCUCAGCGCCAAGAUCCGCCUGUCCCACAACCCCCUGCACUGCGAGUGUGCGCUGCAGGAGGCGCUGUGGGAGCUGAAGCUGGACCCCGAGUCGGUGGACGAGAUCGCCUGCCACACGGCCGUGCGGGACGAGUACGUGGGCAAGCCGCUCAUCCAGGCGCUCGACUCCGGCGUCAGCUUCUGCAGCACCCACCACAAGACCACCGACGUGGCCAUGCUGGUCACCAUGUUCGGCUGGUUCGCCAUGGUGAUCACCUACGUCGUGUACUACGUGCGCCAGAAUCAGGAGGACGCCAGGAAGCACCUGGAGUACCUGAAGUCCCUGCCCAGCGCCCCCGCGUCCAAGGACCCCGUCGGCCCUGCGCCCUAGUGCCCGCUGGCCGGACUGCCCGCCUGUCCCCUAGCACUUUUGUAGAGGAUGGUGACUGACCCCUGCUUGCAAGACCCCUGAGCGGCGGGUCCCCACAGCCCUUCUGUGCAGCACCCCACCCUUCCAGAACCCUCUCUCGUGUUGUGUUUUAGUCACCACGCCGCCUUUCAAGUCCAACAUGUUACCGUCGGGCCCGCUUGACGGGCCAGGAAACCAAAGCUUGGAGAAACGGCAUCGCCCGCCACGACACAGUUGGGAAACAACCCAGUCGGGACUUAACACCGGGCCGCCUGUCGUGACGUUCCAUGUCCCUUGCACUCAGCUGGCCGCUUCCCCGUGGCGUCCGUAGGGUGUGAACAGCGUUCAGAGAAGAAUGGGCUCGCGCCCGGGAGCGUGAGGUCAGCCCGCAGAGGGUGGGGUGCCGACUGGUCUGUUGGAGGCAGAGUCCUACACCGCAGAACUGGGUUGCCCUGCCCCCGAGUAGUGGUUCCUGAGCACAUCCGACCACAGGACUCUUUCCAGAGCAAAGUAGUAGAGACCAGGUUUUUCUCGAGAGGUAAGUGAAAAAGCGUAGUUCAAACUAACCUUUGAACAGCUUUGUUUAUUCUCAGAAUGUUUGUUAAGAGUAACGUUUGUACUGAAAUUUCACUCCGGGGAGAGGGGGAAAAAUCGUAAAAAUCAAAACCCGAGAAAACCAUGGACAGAAGCCCGAAAAAGGUCCAGAGUGGAUCAUCAAGGAGGGCAGUGUCCGCAGCCAGACCGGUGCGUCCCUGCCCUCUGUCCCGCCACUGUCCGAGCCUGGUUUGGGGGAAGGCCCGUCAUCCUGGGUCGAUACUGUGCCUUGCUUUUCUACUCACUGAUGCCUAAAGCAGGUCCUUCUCCAGGACAGGAGGACUGAGAUUUGGUGUCUCAAGGCCAGUCAACGGGAUGCUACCUUUCUCCAGCAACAGGAAGUCUGUCCCUUCCUCUCUCUGUCUCUCUGCCUCUCUCUCCACCUUUGCCACCAGGAAUCUCAGAGCUAAUUCCUGUACAACUUUAUGUUCGGGGCAGACAUUACCUCCACCUGUGUAACUGUGAUCUGUCUUCCCAGUUUUAUUUUUUGAUGUCUUUUGUAUGAGUAUUUAUUUUUAAAUUGCUUCAAAUAUUUGGGGGGGGGGAGACAAAAUUGGGACACAUUGCUCAUGAACUUGAGGUAUAAAGGGUACAAGUUUCAUCGAGGAGAUGCUUGGAAAGGAUUAAAAUAGAGGGUGGUCUGUA